UGUGUUUUUGACUUAAGCAAUAAGAUUAGGUUAUAUUUACAAAAAUAACUUUAAGUAAAAUAUUAAAAUGGAUAUAAAUAACGACUUGCCUAGCUGUGUGCAAGCUAGGUUUAAAUCAGAUACUGGAGAAGAAACUGGCAGUCCUUUGGAUUUACCUUUAACCAUAAAUAAAGACCAACUUACACUUAUUUGCAAUGCAUUGCUAAAAGAGGAAGAUAAACUUUUUCUAUUUUUCGUCAAAGAUAUUGAAAUAACAUCAACACUAAAGGAAGCUUUGGAUCUUGCUAAAUUAAACUCUGAAGAAGUCGUAGAUAUUAUAUAUCAACAACAAGCAGUAUUUAAAGUUCGACCAGUAACACGUUGUACAAGUUCUAUACCUGGACAUGCAGAAGCAGUUAUUUCAACUUGUUUUAGUCCAUCAGGAAAUAAUUUAGCCAGUGGUUCUGGUGACACUACAGUUCGAUUUUGGGAUUUAAAUACGCAGACUCCACUACAUGUAUGUAAAGGUCACACUAACUGGGUACUGUGUAUAAGUUGGUCACCAGAUGGGUCCAAGCUUGCAUCAGCUUGUAAACAAGGUCGAAUAAUGCUGUGGGACCCAAUAACAGGAGAUCAAAUUGGAAAGACUAUGAUGGGGCAUAAGCAAUGGGUUACAGCACUAGCUUGGGAACCCUAUAUAAGAAAUCUGGAAUGUCGUAAAUUGGCAAGUUCAUCAAAAGAUGGCGAUGUUAGAAUAUGGGACACAGUGACUGGACACACAGUUUUAAGUCUGACAGGACAUUCCAAAGCAGUAACAUGUGUAAAAUGGGGAGGGACAGGCCUCAUUUAUACAUCAUCUCAGGACAGAACUAUAAAGGUCUGGAGAGCUGAUGACGGAAUACUGUGUAGAACUUUAGAAGGUCAUGCACACUGGGUAAAUACACUUGCCCUGAGUACAGAUUAUGUUCUUCGAACAGGUCCUUUUCAUCCUAUUCUCGAUAGAUUAGACUCUACAAAUGAUAAGACCAUUUUACACCAACGUGCAUUGCAAAGAUAUGAAGAAACAUGUCCAAAAGGUGAGGAAAGACUUGUGUCUGGCUCCGAUGAUUUUACACUGUUUCUAUGGCUGCCUGAAAAAGAAAAAAGACCUCUGGCUAGAAUGACUGGCCAUCAACAGCUCAUUAAUGAUGUUAAAUUUUCCCCAGAUACAAGAAUUAUUGCUUCAGCAUCUUUUGAUAAGUCUGUUAAAUUAUGGGAAUCAACAACUGGUAAAUUUAUAACAACUUUAAGAGGACAUGUGCAAGCAGUAUACAUGGUUGCAUGGUCAGCAGAUUCUAGGCUCUUGUUAAGUUCUAGUGCAGAUUCAACAUUAAAAGUUUGGAAUUUGAAAACCAAGAAACUAGAAUUAGACUUACCAGGACAUGCUGAUGAGGUAUAUGCAGUAGAUUGGUCACCAGAUGGAACAUAUGUUGCUUCGGGGGGAAAAGAUAAAGUGUUAAAAUUGUGGCAACACUAAGGAAACAAAAACCAAUUGUAACUAGUUACUUUAUUGUGAAGUUAAAGUUACAUACAUUUUUUGAAUAAUAAAAGGUCAAUCAAA